GGUGCUUGAUUGCCUUCGAAAGCACGUUGAAUGAAGCAGAUAGUUCUUUUCAACUUCCUAAAAAAAAGAAAAAAAAAAAAAAAAAAUCUCAAUCAAAUUGCUCAUAUUUCAAACUUCCAUUUUUCUCCAUAGGGCUUGAGAUCUCAGACUGUGGACUGGUCUUGGCUGCAAUCGACAAUGGAGGAAGAAGACAAACAGCCACUGAAGGAAGAGAAAAGUCCUCUACAAGAAGAAAAAGAGGAAGCAAAAAAAGCAGAAGCAGCUGAAGCACAAGCAUCGCCGGCAAAAAGUGGAGGAUGGGGAGGCUGGGGAUUUUCUUCUGUUUUCUCAGAUCUCCAGAAAGCCGCCGAAGAGAUCUCUCGCAAUGCGGCUGCAGUUGCUCAGACUGCAGCAAAGAGCAUUGCCGACAUGCAAAACCCUGCGGAGGACUCGGAAGAAUCUUCCAAGGAGGAAGAAGGGGAUACUGAAAAGGAAAGCCAGGAUGGGAUGGAAAGCCAAGAUGAGCAUGAAAAGCAACGAAAGGCUGCUCUGGAAAAAUUGGAAAAAGCUAGUGAAGAUUCGUUUCUCGGUCAGGGUUUGAAGGUACUUGAUAGUUCUGUGGAGAAUUUUGCUUCAGGAGCGUGGCAAGCAUUAGGAAGUGCAUUGAAAGGCAGUACUGAUCUAGUCCACAAGCUUGAGAAUUCAGCUGUGAAUCUUGCGGGAUCCAUCCAGCAAGGUGGUUUGCCUACAGCUGCUGGUUCUGCUGCACCAUCCUUAUUAGAGACUGGAAAGGCUUUUACCUCUAAGGGAAUGCAAGUGCUUGAGCUUGUAGGCAAGGAAACUUUGGAUCUACUGAUCACAGAGACUGGUAUAGAAGUUGAGAAGAAUUCUAAACCCUCUGAACAGGAAGCCGAAGAGGAUCAGUUAUACGAGGAAGUAGGAUUUGAUCGAUGCUUCUAUAUAUAUGGAGGUCCAGAACAGUUGGAGGAAUUGGAGGCGUUGUCCAGCCAUUAUGCACUAUUAUUUAACCGGAGAAAAGGAAAAUUAUCAUCAGAACAGAAAUCUACUUAUGAUGGAAAGCUUAAACAGGUGCAGCAGAUUUUCAGUUUGGAUAUUGAAUUGGAUGGAAGUGGUGCAGAGUCGGAUAAAGGCAAAAAGAAAGAGACUGGAGAUGAUGGAAAUAGCGAUGAGAUGAAGAGUUUGCAUGAUUCAAGCGUCAGCAAGGCUGCUGAUAUGGCGGCUGGGUUCACAAGUGCUUUAGCUGGACAAGCUGUUAAUGAUAUAAUUCAAAGAACCACCGGCCGAGUAGAGAGUCUUCACUCAGAGGGAGUUCAUAGACUCUCGGAAAUGUGCUGCUCUGCGGUGUCUCAACUGUUGAUGCUUGGUAAAUCCAUCAUAUCUAGUGCAAACAACACUCAGGUAGAAGAUGCGGAUGCUGAUGUCGAGAAUAUUGAUUGGCCUGAAGAUUCUGUUGAGAAAGCAAAGAUAAUCAGAUCAAAAGCGCAAGCAAUGACUGGAUACAUGGAGGCAGUGUCCAGUAGUUUCAUCACAGGCAUAUCUGAUGUUGCCGAAGCUUAUCUAGCAGCCAUAAAAGGUGCUUCUGCGGAAUCCCAUGAUGUGCUUCCACAGACAUCAAUCCAAGAAAAAGCCAGUUCCUUCUCUAAACAUCUCCGUGAUGACCAGAACACAGCUUUGGGCAAAAUCCAGGACGGGCUUCACUACUUGUCGUAUGUGGUCGUUUCAAGCUCUAUGCCCACUGCAUGAGAGAACUCAGAUCUCUGACCCUUCACAAGCUCUAUUUGUUAAGCUUUGUAAAUAGUGGUUUUUCAAGUGGGUUUGAGUUCUCUUAUCAUUUCAAAUGUUAUACGAAAUUGAAGGAAAAUUCUUGUUAGAACUCUUAAACAGUCAGCAAUUUGUAACAAUGAGGAAGGUAGAGAUUAUGUAUUGCGUUAAUUAAGGUUAAGUUGAUGGAUCCUAUACACAGCUA